AUUUAUAAAGCACCAAUGAAAAUCUAACCUAAAAAAUAAUACAUAUUUAAAAUUAGCAAAACAUGAUUGAUCUUUAUUACAUAAAUAAAAACGUAUUUGUUUUUGAUGUAGAGAAAUGGUAUGAGUUGCGGAGUAAACACAGAAUUAUAGGAGAAAUAAUAGGAAACACGCAUUUUGUUCCUGCCCUUCCAGUUAAACUAUUACAUGAAGAAGUAUUAUUUCUCCUGGAACAGGGAAUAGCUGAAUUGUAUUUAGUUGAACCAGGUAUAUCUGAAGAAAGUGAUUCUUUUUCAAAUGAACUGUUAAAAAAUCAAAAAAUUGAAUACAAAAAAAUUCGUAGAAAGCAAUUGGAGUUAAUUAUAGACAAAAUUGUUCAAAAAAGAAGAAAUUCUGGUGAUAUUAAACCAACACAAGACAUUUUAGAGGAAGAACUAGAUAAAUCAUGUAUAAUUAACCUAGAUAAUUUUAUCUGGCCAAUUUUUCUACAACAUCCCUUCAAGAAGCCCAACUUGAAAACAGCCGAUGUUGAAGAAUACAAAAGGCAUACAAACAAAUUAAAAUAUUUGGUCUAUAAGGAUCUUUUAUCAAAAAAAUAUUAUGUAACACAUGGACACAAAUUUGGAGGAGAUUUUUUGGUGUAUAAUGGAGAUCCUGUUAUAUACCAUGCUAUAUUUGUAGUCAGAUGUGUGGAAAGAACUGAGAAAAUGUCACCACAAGAAAUAGUUGCUUUUGGCAGACUUGGCACUUCUGUUAGAAAAAGAGCUGUUGUUGCAUCUGUGCUUGACAAUGAUGCGGUUUCUUACGUCACAAUUAACUGGAUUGAUGCAUAGUUUAUAAAAGCUUUAUAUUUUACCUUAAUAAUAAAAUAUUUUAAAACAAUUUUAGUUUUCUGUCACUUUAUAAAACACUAAAUAAAUAUAUUCAGAUGUCUUCACUAUCUGAAUAUUUGA